CCUGCCUCCCUAUUCCUUUAUUCGCACACCCAUCAUCUCUCCUAGCAAAAACACAGAACGGGCAGAUGAAAAUACACGGCAAAAUAUUCAUUCUCAUCACUGGAGUGUACGCUGUCGUCAAGGGCUCUGACCAACAUGGGGAUAUAUAAUGUUCCUGCAAUAUGGCACAAUCCAUUAAUCAGUGUGUAUUUCUUUCCGAAAAAUGAAAUAAUCGGCGUUAUCUGCAGAAAGAAAUAACGGUAUCCGGGAAGUAACUCCCUCUUUUUUUUAUGUGGAUAUUAUGAUAAAACAAACUGUAUUUCACACAGAUGACACAUUUAUGGCUGAAACUGACAGUUCUUCCGAAAUAGACAGUCAGCUGAAGUGAAUACAACAAUGAUGAAUACCUUUUAGAGGAGCUCCCUGGCUUGCAAAGGAACAAGGUGUUUUUUGUAAAUUGCAGUCCAGGAGGGUUCAGCGGCGCGGAGAGGUGACGUUGACCGGAUGCGUGUAGCGGAGCGUGCCGUGUGGCUUUGACCAUGAGCCGGCUGAUGUUGGGCCGGACCCUGGAGCGGAUCUGCAAGGCUGUGCUGUUGCUCUGCCUGGUGCACUUCCUCAUUAUGAUGAUCCUCUACUUUGAUGUCUACAGCCAGCGUUUUGACAUCUUUAGCCGCUUCAACAAUGGCCGUGGAGCGAACAGCUCACGAGGACCCCACCACUACUUCUAUAACUUUUCCAGUGGCAGGCCCAACACUACCUUUGCAAGCUACUUGGCCACAGCUGACCAUCUUCUGCCCAGCACCAAGCCAGAGGCAAACCAUACUCCACCAACCCCUAAACCAUUACCACCAUGUCCAGAGGUUCCUCCUGGUCUGGUGGGGCGUCUCCUCAUCGAAUUCAGCUCACAGAUAACCCUCGAGCGGGUGCAAAGAGAGAACCCUAAUGUGACAGAAGGGGGAAAAUACACUCCUUCGGAUUGCCGGCCGAAACAAAAGGUGGCCAUCAUCAUCCCAUUCAGGCACAGAGACAACCAUCUGAAAUACUGGCUUCACUACCUGCACCCAGUCCUGCGCAGACAGAAGAUCGACUAUGGGAUCUAUAUCAUCAACCAGCUUGGUGAGGACACCUUUAAUCGGGCCAAGCUGCUUAAUGUUGGCUACACAGAAGCUCUGAAAGAUGCAGAAUACGACUGCUUCAUUUUCAGUGAUGUGGACCUGAUCCCUAUGGACGACCGGAACCUCUACCACUGUUACGACCAGCCCCGUCACUUUGCCAUUGCCAUGGACAAAUUCGGCUUCAGGCUGCCCUAUGCAGGGUAUUUUGGAGGAGUGUCCGGCCUUAGCAAAAAACAGUUCCUCAAAAUCAAUGGCUUCCCAAAUGAGUACUGGGGUUGGGGAGGUGAAGAUGAUGACAUUUACAACAGAAUCACACUAAAUGGGAUGAAAGUGUCUCGGCCUGAUGUGAGAAUCGGCCGCUACAGGAUGAUCAAGCAUGAGAGAGACAAGCACAAUGAGCCAAACCCCCAGAGGUUCAGUAAGAUCCAGAACACCAAGAACACUAUGAGGAAAGAUGGGAUCAGCUCGCUGAUGUACAGAGUGGUGUCUGUGAAGAAGUAUCCGCUCUAUACCAACAUUUCCGUAGAGAUCGGCAAGCCUCCUCCAAGACCUUUCAAAGGAUAGAGAACUACGAGGUCUUGACCAAGAUACCAUGACCUUCUAAAGUUCAGCACACACACGCAUACACACAAACUCUGCCCAGGGUCACCUUCCUAUGAUACAGCAGUGAUAUGCUGGUAAGUUCUCAGGAAUACAUGGAAGCUUGAUGUGGAUCCAUCGAUGUAGAUUCAUAUCCUGAUCCAGUUCGAGAUGUGCACACGGUGUCUGGAGGGACAGAAACAUCACCAUCACAGACCUUGAGGAUCAGUACAAGCUUUUAGGCUGUUAACCAGAGGAUUGUUCAGUUCUGGUUUUUGUGAGUGACAUCUGACGAUGAUCUACAAAGAACAGCCUGGUCACUUGAUGUAAAUCAGUCAGAACAUACUAUACAUUUCAAAAGCGAAUGUGUCUUUGUACCUGCGAUGCUUGCAGUGUUCAAAUCUCUUCUUUCGUAUCUCAGAUGUUGGUGGAUCAUGUGAGGUUGAUAAAUCGGUGCUUGAAGUUGGCUCUUUGGAUCGUGUCUCUAUCUCUUGCGCUCUCUUUUAUUUUGUAUCGUUUCUUGGGACUAAGCUGAAUUUCUUCAACCAUGAAAACACUUCUCGGCAUUUCUGAGGAUGAUACUCAAUGGGAUGUUAACAUGGGAACAAUUACGUAAUGUGAUUAGAUUGGAUCUGGACUAGUCCUACAAGCACAUGACUGUGUCAGUCAAUAUGGUCCAAAUGGAUGAUCACAGCAGAUCCUCUUGCUGCUCCAUGUAGAUGCCUGGAGAAACGGCAAGAACUUUGGCUUGGAGGUAGAGGAGCUUCUGUAGAAGUUACUGAUGAUCAAACCUCUGUAUCUAUCACCACAUCCUCAAAACUGACUGUGCUACAAGCCACUCUUUCUUUGUUUACUUUCAUUUGCCUCAAAGAUUCAUAUUUAGAACUGUCAUAUAUCAAGGCUUUUUUAAAAACUUGAAGGAUGAAGUUAGUUAUGGGUGCUUUGAUCAAAUAAUGCCCAUAUUGUUAUUGUCUCGCACCUCUUUUGAGGGUCAUCUACAGAGGUUAUAUAUAAAUUAUGCUCUGAUAUUUCCAGUAUCAUAAAAUAUUCACCCAGGGUCCAAAAUCAACCUUUCGCCACACCUGCCAAUUUGAGUGAACUGAGAAAAUCUACCGACUGCAAUUAUGUCUUUUUGGCCAUGAAUCAAAAUUGGCAUUUUUUAGAACGUUUUUGUCCUCAUAACAAAGGAAUUAUUAGUAGCUUUUUUGCAUAUUCAGCCUUCAUUUCUUUGUAAAAAUGUCAUAAAAACAUGAAGACCUAUAAUUUUGUUCCUUCUUGUUUUUGUUUCGGUAGCUUAAUGUGAAGAAUAUUCAAAUACAGUUCAAAAGUUUGAGCUUUUUUUAAGAUAUUUUCAUUAAUAUCGACAUUAACAUUUUAAAAAAUCUUACCGACCCCAAACUUUUGAAUGAUAAAUUAUGAGUUCGGGAGGACAAAAAAACAUAAUAUCUAAAAACGAAAUCAUAGAUGAACAUAAGAUUGGUCUAGCUUUAAAAAUGUUCAUCAUUCGUCAUCGUGUUGUUUUUCACGCGCAUUUGGCAUUUUGUGAAAUGUUAAUUUUGGACCCUGUGUUCACCUCUUCCGAAAAGAUCUGAACUGUAUUGAGAUGCUUUUCUUUAUGAUACUUUGCAAGCCUCUUAAAGUUGUUUUACAGUUCCUUAUUCCUUCUUCCCCUUUUAUUUUACUGCCUGAAACACCAAGCUGAUGCCUUCAGAUGUUUUAUGAGGGGUAAAUGUGAGGGGAGUUCAAGCUAUUUUUUUCUCUCUUAUCGGCUUCCCUGCGCAGCGUGUGGACGUUCUUUUGUGCUAUCAACGAUUCUUUCAGCCAGAACAGAGGAAGUCAUUAAUGAGAGCCCAGCCACUCUCCCUGCCCUUUUUAAAAUACACAUUUCCUCUUCUUUUCUCCUCAUGCCUUCCAUUUUAGCCUCACCAGCCUAUUUCAUUUCUGUGUGUGCAUCUGUGUUGUCUUAACUGCUGACCCAAGCACUCACUGUGUCACUAACAUUGCUUUACUUCUUAAGUAUUUCAUCACCUCUGUCUCAUGGGUGCCGCUACCUGUCAGAUAAAAGUGCAUCACUUCUGCCAUGCUGUAUUUGUACAUUCAACAUCAAGCGAAAUAACUGCUAAUACUUACCUGACACAAUUUUGCCUUAAGCUCUUUGAUUUUUCCUGUAUUAAUAGCAUUAUGUCCAUGGUUGAAUUUAAAGAUGCCCUCAUUGUGCACAUAUUCGAGUAUAUUCAGAUCUAUUCAUUGAUUAUAUUCAGUAAUGUUUACUCAAGCUCUGUGACCUGCAUUUUAAAUGCUCAGAACAGUGUUGCAGAAUGCAGUCAAUCCUGAAGCCUUCAACUCGAAUGAGAUUUCAAGCCAAUAUCCGUAUUAAAAAGACAUUAUGCUCAUCUCGAAAUGUCUUGGCAAAUGAAAAGGAAUCGGUUACAGGCGGAGCGAGAUGAGAUUAUUUCCUUUUUGGGUUCUUGUAUCAAGGAAUGUAUUAAAUUGAAGGAGAAAAUAAUGUUGUUGCGUGCUUGUCAUUUACAUGAUCUUAAUUAUUUCAAAAAUGAAAAAAGCAGUCCAUAUGGUGUAAACGGAUCUAGGUCCAACAUAUUGGAGGCAAAUUGGAGACACACAUUGUUGCAUGCAACCUGUCAGGCUUGACACAGCAUGAUACUUUUUAAUGUGUUGUCAUUCUUCGGGAAACUUUUUAUUUUUAUACCUCUCAAUUUAAAGGUGUACUCAUUCAUUUUUUGUUGGUUUCACUGAUUGAUAUGGCAGUCAUCAUAGAUUUAUAUGCUACCAUGACUAAUUUAUUUCACAAGUGGGCAGUAGGGCAGUUAUCUAUACUGUUCAAAAGUUUCGGGUGUUUUUUUUUUUUUUUUCUUUUAAGAAAUUGAUACUUUUAUUCAGCAAGAAUGCAUUCAAUUGAACAAAGGUGAUAAUAUAUACGUUUUUAUAUAUGUUUAUACACUGCCGUUCAAAAGUUUAGGAUUUGUAAGAUUUUUAAUGUUUUUAAAAGAAGUCUCUUAUGCUGACCAAUGCUGCAUUUAUUCGAGAAAAACAAAAACAAAACAAAAAAAAACAGUAAUAUUGUGAAAUAUUACAAUUUUUUUUUUCUGUUUGAAUAUAUUUUAAAAUGUAAUUUAUUCCUGUGAUGCAAAGCUGAAUUUUCAGCAUCAUUACUUCAGUCUUCAGUGUCACAUGAUCCUUCACAAAUCAUUCUGAUGUGCUGAUUUGCUGCUCAAGAAACAUUUCUUAUUAUUAUCAAUAUUGAAAACAGUCGUGUACUCUUUUUUUUUUUUUUUCAGGAUUCUUUGAUGAAUAUAUAUUUUUAUAUUUAUACAUAACUUAUAUUAUAUAAAAAAUAAAUAUUUUAUAUAUAAAUAUUUUUGUUAAAAUAUGUACAUGCACAUGUGUGUAUUAUAUAUACAUAAUAAAUAUACACACAGUACAUAUAUUAUGUAAACACACAAACUUUUAUUUUGGAUGUGAUUAAUAGUUUGACAGCCCUCAUAUAUAUAUAUAUAUAUAUAUAUAUAUAUAUAUAUAUAUAUAUAUAUAAAUAUAAAUGCUAUUUAUUUGAACUUUCUGUUCAUCAAAGAAUAAUGAAAAAAAACAUGUUUCCACAAAAAUAUUAAUCAGCACAGCGUAAUAAGAAAUGUGAGCACCAAACUAGCAUAUAAGAAUGAUUUCUGAUAUGAAAUGGCUGCAGAAAAUUUAGCUUUGCCAUCACAUGAAUAAAUUACAUUUGAACAUAUAUUAAAAUAGAAAACAUUUACAUUCAAUUGUAAUCAUACUUCACAAUUUUACUGUAUUUUUAUGAAAUAAAUGAAGGCUUGGUGAGCGAAAGAGAUUUCUUUUACCUACAUGGAUAUAAAAUUACUGAGUGCACCUUUAAGGGCUUGUGUGACCAUGUGAAGAAUGUAUAUGUUACAUCUUAUUACAUUUUAUUAGUUAAGAUGAUGAAAACUGCAUUUUUUAAAGUUAGUCUGGUGAUACAAUUAAUUAAUUUGAUCUUAACUCAUUCUUACAUUUUCUCCAGUGACAAAUAAGCUGUGUUCAAGUCUACAAUGGAAUUCGAUAAUAUUAGAAAUGUUUCAUUGCCAUUUAUAAAAGUACAUACAUUUGAAUCAUCUUAUUCAUAUUUCUUGUGCUAACAAAUGCAAUCAAGUGAAGCUUGCACAACUCCCAUUACCAACCUUGCGAAGCACAAAUGCUGUCCUUGAGAUCAGGAUGCUAUAUAUUCACCUUUCACUUCAGCAACUCUCGCUUCAUAGUUUGCAAAAUCACACCAGUGCCACAAUGAAUGCGUUAUUUUGAUGCCAUUCUUUUAUCUCACCCUUGGGUCAGCAAACGCUCCCAUCCUGAGAACGCACGCACACACACAUACUUCACACAUAAUGCUCACCCUCUCUCCUUCAUCACCCUUUUUGCCCUCAGUCAUUCUCCAGAAAGAACUCCAUCUGCGCUCAAUGCUUGUUUAUGUGAGAGAGGAACAGAAGUGGGCAAGUAUUCCACACCUACACAAUGACUUGCGUAAGAAACUACUGACGGCUUCAGGUCUUCACGCCUGGGGCGCAUUUUUAAAGACUUACUGUGUCUAUCAAGGUUUUUUGUAUAUUGAAUGUCAAAAAUACUAUAUCUUAUAUAGAAUGCAUUAUGUCAUAUCAAACAUACUUUUUGUAUACAAUCAAUAAAUCUGAUGCUACAAGAA